CUCACUUCUGCUUCUUUGUCUUCGUCCACCAAUCCAUUCUCGGCCUAUACCUUCUUUUUUGCAAUCACUUAAGCAUCUUCCAUUCUUUUCAGUUCUGCGAACUAACCAUUUUUUCGACGCUCUCUAAGCUCAUCUUUUAUCAAUUUCGAUUCGAAAUCACCGCUAGGCCGGUCUAUUGUGGGAAUACUACUAUCUGACAAAAGUACCAUCUUUUUACUCUUUUCCACCACCAAAUCAUCCAAAAUGUCUUCCACCAAGGCUUUCAUUGUUGCGGCUCUCGUCGCCUACGUUGAGGCUCGCUUCAACCAGGAGCAGAUCCCUGUUUCUGCCAUCCAGGCUCUCGGCAGCUUUGGCAACCCCGGCCAGGCCGCCACCCUCGCGGGCUCCGUUCCCGGCGUCCUCUUGGCUGCCGCCAAGGCCUGCGACAAGGUUGAGCUUGCGGACAAGAUUGUCAACGAGCUCGGCACCGACCCGUCCGUCAUCGCGGCCGCCAAGGGCCUCCUCGCUGCCGAGAUGAACUUCAACCCCUUCGCCGUCAAGACCAACAAGAUCUGCGACGACGCCUCGCUCCCUGCCACUGCAGAGCUCCGUGGCGUCAUCCCCAAGGUCGACCCUUCCACCGACCCUACCGGUAUCCAGAACGCCAACGCUGAGAAGUCGAUCACUACCCCCUUCUCCGCCAAUGGUCUGAGCAUUGCUGCCAUCACCCAGGCCCAGGGCUUCACCAACUUCACCAAGGGUGACACCGGCGUCCUGGCUUCGGGCGGUGCCGGUGGUGCCUCAGGUGGUGGUGCCGCUUCCGGUGGUGCCUCAGGUGGUGGUGCCGCUUCUGGUGGUGCUGCCGCCGGUGGCAAUGGUGCCAAGGGCAACCAGAACAGCUGCAACGGCCAGCAGCAGCAGGGCAACAACAACUCCACCGGCAAUGCCAACAACAACAACAACAACAACGGCGGCGGCGCCAACAACGGUGGUGGUGCCGCCAGUGGUGCCGCCGACUUUGGCAAGUGCAAGCCUACCAUUGACCUCAAGGGUGGACGUGCCAACCGCCCUGCCACCGAGCUGACCUUCCUGCCCACCGACCCCCUCGUCGCCCAGGGUCAGCAGGAGGCUCUUAACCCCAACAUCAUCACCAACCGUGUCUGCGACCAGCUGACCAACGUCUGCAAUGCCAACGCUGCUGCCAAGGCCCUCUGCCAGGAGGCCAAGGCCAAGGUCCAGGCUGCCGGUACCAAGGAUCAGUCUACCGCUGAUCUCUUCAACAGCCUUCUCGGCUUCUAAAGAGUCUUUGGAGAACUGUGUGUGAUGGGAGGUGAACCUUGUUAUUUGAGUUGAGUCUGCAGGGGAGGAUGUAGCAGACGUCUCUUUUUUUUGGGUGGUUUAUAUUAUUCUCUUCAUGUGGAUGAGAAUGGUGCUGUACUUUUAGUAUUAUUCUCUCUUACCCCUUUUUUUUAACGAUGCUUAUUUGAUUCAAAAAAAAACCCUCUCUCUAGAUGCACCUGGACACAUGGUGCUAUUCUAAAACCAGUACACAUAAACUGUGCGCUAACUUCGUA